UUCAAAGAGAAACUUUUUUUCAAUUAACAACAUAUAUUUAUAUAAAAAUAAUGAUUCUCGACAGGGAAUUUUUUAAUGUGUUAAUAUUGAGUUGGGGGUUUAUGUUCACAUUUUCUGCGUUUCUAACAACAAGUAAUAUACAGAAAACAGUUCUUGACAGCGUAUCAAAUGAGGAUCCAAGUUUCACAGGAGAUGGCUACAGUAGUUUGGCCAUUGUUUAUGCAGUUCUCAGCAUAUGCACAUUUUUUACACCGUCCUACGCUCAGGAAAUAAGUCCACGCUUAUCAAUAUUCACUGGAUCAUUGUGUUAUGCAUUUUUUGUCGCCACAUUUCUUUGGCCACAUACAUUUUUACUUUAUUUUGCCUCCGCCAUACAAGGACUCGGCUCGUCCUUAAUGUGGGUUGGCCAUGGCCGUUAUAUAACAGAGAACAGUAAUUCAGAGACAAUUGCCCGUAAUUCCGGUAUUUUUUGGGCAAUUUAUCAACUUUCACUAGUCACUGGUAAUCUCUCGGUUUAUUGUAUAUUCACAACAAAAACAUAUGACAAAUCAACAAGAAAAUUAAUGUUCAUCAUACUCACAAUUCUUGCAAUUAUUGGUACAUUAAUAUUGGCAACAUUAAGAAAACCAUUGACAAGAUCAUUGAUUGAAAAUGAAAUUUGUGAAAAGAAAAUGGAAAAUGUAAUAAAAGAAAAAAUUAAUGAACCAAAAAGAUGUAAAUAUGUGACAUUAAUUGUUGGUUGGGAGAGAAUGAGACGAUUUUUGAGUCUUAUUGUAACGCCACAGAUGAUUAUGUUGAUAGUGACUUUUAUGUAUAGUGGACUUGUACUUGCUUUUUAUUCAGGAGUUUAUACCGCGAGUUUUGGAUUUACAGUGAAAAUGGGUGAAUUGAGAAAAAAAUAUGUUAGUCUUGUGGGAAUAUGUUUAGGAAUUGGAGAAGUGACAGCGGGAAUUAUUUGUGGACCAUUAGCUUCGACAAUUAAAAUUCGUUCACGUUGGUUGAUUUUGGUUAUUGGAUCCAUAGUACACGCAUUUUGUUAUUUGACAAUUUUCUUGAAUCUUCCAGAUAAAUCUCCCUUCACGGAUACUGAGGACAUUGGUUUUAUAUCGCCUUCAAUAUCAUUAGCAAUGAUUGGUGCUGUCGCUAUGGGAUUUGGUGAUGCUUUUUUAAAUACACAAAUUAUUGCUCUUCUUGGCACAAUUUAUACGAAUGACACAGAAUAUGUAUUUUCUCUAUAUCUUCUCUUUCAAUCAAUAGCGGUGACGUUGAGCUUUUUUUACAGUAAUUACUUUGGACUCUAUUUACAUUUAGGUAUUUUAAUUGUGGUAGGAAUACUUGGAACUAUUUCAUUUGUAAUAGUUGAUUUAAAAUACAAUACAGACAACGAUAGUAUUAUCCCAGUUAGUCACGAAAAUACAACUGCCGAAAAUCCAGUCGAAUUGGAAAGUGUAAAACGAUAGGGCAAUUGUUUUCGUUUCUUUUCUUCUUCUUCUUUUUUUUUAAUGUCAGUAAAUAUUUAAAAAUCAUAUACGUUUAGAAUAAAUGUCACAAAUUUUUUUUUAUUUAUUAUUAUGUGUAAAUAGAAACUAAGCUAAGGUAUGUUUAUAAUUUUUAAAUGUUGCUUUCUCGACACAUCGAAAUGUUAAAUAAUUUUUACAGUACCUGAAAUUCAGAAAUUGAUCGACCGAAUUCUGAUAAUAUUAGCAGAUUCUAAAAAUUUUAUGUGUUUCAAUUUAU